ACUUGUGUACACGAUUAUCGAUCAAUUCUCACAUGACCUGCGAGACUCUUGUUCAAGAUGGACGUGAAAACCGUAUUAAGCGUUUUAUUUUUGCUGUCUAUCAGCUGGGCCAAUGCUCAAGAUUUGCCGCCGUUCACAGAGGAUUGUCGUAGUGAUGCAUAUCCACCCCCGGUUAAGGACAAGGUGGGGACCUAUGUCCUGAAUCUGGACCAAGCACCAGAGGACAGAUGGACCGGUCUUGUAAAACCAUUGACAGAGAAGUUAAUCGUGUUGAUUCAAGACAUCAAGGAUCUAGUCGGAAUCUUUGUUAAUGAGACAAAGGCAGUUGAUUAUUUGGAUGAACUCCUGGCCCCCAUGGCAGAUACCUUUCCAGAACCAUAUCCAGGAGAGCUCAAAGGCAUUGCUAAUGCUACAGGCAUCCCACUUGGUCAAGUUAUUCUCUACAAUGUUUUCUAUGAAGUGUUCACUGUGUGCACUUCACUGGUAGUGGAAGAUAAAACAGGAGAUUUAUUUCAUGCCAGGAACCUGGACUUCGGACUCUUCCUUGGCUGGGAUGCAAAGAACAGCACCUGGGCCCUGACGGAGCGUCUUCGACCAUUGAUCAUCAACGUAGACUACCAGCAGGGCGGGAAGACCGUUGGCAAAGGGGUCCACUUCGCAGGAUAUGUAGGCAUGAUCACAGGCAUGAAACCAGGUGUUCUGUCGCUGUCCAUGAACGAGAGAUUCCAGGCUGAGGGUGGUUUCAUCGGCAUCAUUGAGUGGGUCCUUGGCCAGCGUGACGGGCAGUGGAUGGGAUUCGUGCUCCGGGAUGCGGUUGUCAAGGCAACAGACUUUAAUUCUACUCUGCAAUACCUGACUUCGGUCGAUCUGCUUGCUCCCGGCUACAUCAUCCUUGGUGGAAACUCAACUGGACAGGGCGCCAUAAUUACAAGAUCUAUCGGCACCAAGGCAGAUGAUGUCAAAAUGUUGAACCCUUCCAAUGGCACAUGGUACCUCGUGGAAACGAACUACGACAACUGGGAGAGCCCUCCUUUCUUUGAUAAUAGAAGAGCACCAGCCACUAAGUGUAUGAACACCAUGACUCAGGCGAAUGUUGGACUGAAAGGAAUUUUCAACGUACUCUCUACAAAGCCUGUCAGAAAUCUUCUAACAACCUAUACAGCUCUGAUGCAUGUUAGAAGUGGAACCCUCGACACCUAUCUGCAAUACUGCCCUCAACCCUGCUUUCCCUGGUAAACUAUCUCAUGAACUGGAUUUGAUGAACAACCAACAAAUUGAAAUACCUCCUGUAUCAAUAAACACUACAAAAAUUGACAGAAAAAAUAGUGAUCGUGUUUGGAAAUCUUCAUACUCGUUAUGAGUAAUACAGAUGGCCUAAAAAGUUGAUUUCAUGAGUGCAUGAUUUUGAUGCCAAAUCAAACUCAAAUAAGGUUCAACACCAGUUUUUGGAUCACUUUGUGAGGCUUAUGUCUACAUCAAUACUCAUUAGUCUAAAAGUUAUUUGAAUCUAAGAUUAUCGAGGAGGGAAACAUCUACUGUUUCAAAACUAGUUUCUGAGGAAUAUUUCUAUUAGUUGAUGAUCUAACCUCGUCUUUCAAAUUUGACAAAGCUCUUCGACUAUGUUGAAGAAUCAGAUUUGCUAAAAGCAGUCUUAUUUGAUUGGUUGUGAGUUUUUACGCGAAUAAAUAAAUACAAGCAGAAUUUAUCUCUAUUUCUAUGAAGUUUACUUUGAUUUGAACUGUAGCCAGUAAUUAAGGCUAUACUAGAUGUUAAAGAUAAUGCUUAAGUAUUUUACUUUAUAAUAUUAAUUUGAUAUCCAAAUGUUUUGUAGAAACCAACAACAAAAAGCAAUGCGUGAUUUACAAUGAGCCAUAAACGUAUGCCAGGAACUUAUACCAUAGCAUUAUGUUAGAAGUCAGUUAACUUAAAAUCAAAUUGAAUUAAAAUGAUAUAUUAAUUAUUUUUCUGAUGUAAGGCUAUCAUUAGAGGAAAAAAUUUGUACACUUCAUUUGAAAGCUUGCUAUAUAAUAUUGAAAUAGACUUUUGUGAUUGAAUGUAGGUAAGUUACAAUGCCUUAUACAUAUUUAGCGUUGUACUAGGAAAAGUAUUGAUAUAAAUAUUUUUGAUACAGUUUAAAGGAUGUCGAUGGAUGGAUUAAAUGUUGAAUCUAAAUGAUGUCUAAAAGAAAUUUCUGUGCCGUAAAUCAUAUUUGCAAACGCAAAAUGGCAGUCAUGUACUGGGAAGAUGUACUUUGUGUGAAUGAUUGAAGGAGUUAAAAAUUGUUAGAUCACAAAGUUUACUUAUAUCAUGACAAGAAUGAAUACAGUGCCUCAGAUAAUUUCUUUGGAAUGUACUGGUUUUCUCGCAGAAUUUAGAUAUCUUCUUAGUGAAUUAAUAUAAGGUACCAAUUAAUUAGUUUCAAAUCAUUGGCUCAUAUUCUUGGAAGCUAUUCAACCAGGGGCCCAUUGCAUGAAACUUACCAUUUCUGGUAACUUUCAUGGAAACCUUGAUUUGAUUGGUUGUUGGUUGAAGUUGCAAUGGUAGUUUUUCUAUUAUUGGCAAAGUUACCAUCAAUGGCAUUAAAGUUUUAUGCAACCGAGUUCAGGUUGGUUAGGUUUGAAACCAAGUACCCACCUAAAUGUUUGGAGUUACUUUAUUGAUUUACAGAGUGCUAAAUGUCGGCUUCUACAUCCGCUACAAACCAGAUACAAUCUGUAACUAGAUGGAAAAAAGAAAUAGAAACAUACCUCUAUGAAAUUUAUUUCCUGAUUUUCAUUUCUUUACCAAAAUUCUUUUUUUUUCCUAAUUCGUUAUUUAACUCAAGUAACUUUUUAAGAGCUCAGGUAUACACUUGGCCUUCCGUACAUGAGAGAACUCAGUUUAGCCACAUGUAAUUUCAACUGAUUUCAAGAAUAUGAACCAUUAAUAUGAUAUUUUGAUACUAGUUGGUUUUUAAUGUGUAAAAUAUUUUAUAUUGACGAUUUUGAAGAAUAUAUAUAUAAUGAUAUUAUGUGUAUAUAAAGGAUCACAUGAAUUUCCAUUAGAAAAA